AGAGCAGAGGGGCAGGAGCGCCGGCACCUGCGGGGCACUUUCACGGAGGGGACAGCACUGCCAGGGCGGAGGAAAGCAGAGCGUCGGCUGCGGGGUCCCUGCGCUGGACUCGGGCUGCUGACCACGCGUGAAAUGUCCAACCACUUGGUCCAGUAACUACCGAGCACAGGCCGUGGCUGUUUGCACUCUAACAGGCCAGCAGGUUUGUCCGUACCAGCUUCGGGCCGCAAAGCGACUCCCCAAGCCCAACCUUCCCCUCUCAGGGCUGUCCCCAUGAGCAGUGCCGGGGUGACCGCCGGCCUCAGCUUCUCCCUGGCCCUCAGGCUUCCCGCUCGGCUGUCGCCCCCCGGAGGAGAGCCGAGCCGAGCCGAGCUGAGCUGAGCUGAGCUGAGCCGGGCCCGGCCGCGUCCCCUGCCAAGCCGCGGAAACGGAAACGCGCGGGGCCGGCAGCCGGCGGGGCCGCCGGGAGCGGGGGUGGGGUCGGUUUGAACGGUUGGCCGCUCGGCUGGGCCGGGCUUGCCUUUCCUCAGCUGAGGGGGGCCGGGACCCGCCGGCCUGGCUCGGCUCGGCCCCCCCUCCUCGGAGCCAGGCGUGGGCGCUGCGGAGAGCGAGGUUCCUUUGUGUUCUUCCAAGAUGAAUGGUGAAGAGGAAGUAUGGGAAAAACUAGACACUGAAUUUGAUCACUAUGUUGUGGAUAUGAAGCCUCAUGUUCUAAAGCUGCAGCAUAGGUCAGAAAGAGAAAGAUGUGCACUGUGGAUUAAAAAACUCUGUGAACCCUCAGGAGCAGGCACAGGAACAGUGGGAAGGAAGAAUCGGAACCUCUAUGCCAAGCUUCUGCUCCACAUGCUAAAGCAGGGUCUGCUGGAAGGGCCUUUCACACGUAAACCAGAACCAGGAAUACUGAAAACUUUGCCUUCAUACAUGUCAAUUUAUUUUGAUGAGCCAAAUUCAACAAGAGUUCGGAGUAGCAGCCCAGACUGCUUACCUGACUGGGUAAUGGGAGAGCUGGGGAACAGUGAAUCUAAGCUUGAGGAGUCAUGGAAGGCAUCUUCUAAAGAGGGAUCAUCAGUUGCAACAGUGCUCACCUAUGGGGAAAGAUUCAAGUACUCUGAAAAGGCAGCAGUAAGAUCACAUUCUAGGAGUCCUGCUCACCAGGCAGAUGAAGACAGCCUAGCCACACCACUCUCUGACCAUCACCAUACACAGCCCACCUCUUUGGAUGACAGUGACUUUGAAGCACGGCUAAACAGUUGGAAUCUUGGGUUAGAAAAUCCAAGAUACCUGCGGGAAAAACCAGUGCCAGUAUCUCUGAUGACCCCCAAAAUUGACCUAGGGAAAAGCAGCACUUCUCGUGAUGAACAUGCACUGUGUCGAAUACAUGAGAAAGAGCUGGACAUGAAAAUGAGAAUAGCAGAACGUAAAUUUCAUGAAGAAAAGCUGAAAUUACAGCAGAAGCACGAUGCUGAUGUCCAAAAGAUUUUGGAUAGGAAGAAUGAUGAAAUAGAGGUAUUGAAGUCUCUUCACAAAGCCAAACUAAAUGAAGCUGAGGAGAUGAACAGAAAACUGGAGAAAAAAGUCCAGACCCUGGUUCGUGAGUCACAAGUCGUCAGAGAAGCGAAAGAGAAGCAGAUUCUGGAGCUGAAGAAAAUGUGUGAGCAAAGCAAUGAGUCUUUGAACAAUGAGUGGGAGAAAAGGCUUCACAAUGCUGUGGCAGAGAUGGAGAAGGAGAAGUUUACUAUUCGGAAGAAGCACACAGAAGAUAUGCAGGAGCUGCUGGAGGACACCAACGCUCGUCUGAACAAGAUGGAGGCAGAUUAUUUGGAACAGAAAAAGUCAACAAAUGAGACAGCUAAAAAACUGGAGGCUCACGUCCAGCAGUUGACUGUUGAAGCUGAAAACAGUAAUUUGCUACGUCAGAAACUAUCUCAGGAAAAGGCUGAUGCAGAACAACGUUACCAGGCAGCAUGGGCUGAGCUUCAGGAAAUGAAAGCCAGGUACAGCUCACUUCAGAAAGACAAAGACUGUAUUAUACAGGAAUAUGAGAAGAACAUUCAGCAACUACAAAGUAAAUGUGAUGUUGAUAUCAGUUUUAUAAAGCAGGAACAUGCUCUGUCUGCAGCUAAGGCAUCUGAAGCAAUUGAAGAAUUACAGCAGAGUGUAUCUCUAUUAAAACAACAGUUACAAGAUUCAGAACAUCAAAGGCAGCAAGACCUGAAGGAACAAGAACAGAAGCUUCAACAGGACAAGCUUCACUGGGAACGUGCUUAUGAAAAACAGGUUCAUGACAUCCAGAACGACUUUGAAAAGGAAAGAGGAGAUGCUCAGAAGAAGAUUCGCAAACUGGAGGAGACUUUGAAGGAGAAGGAGGAGCAGCUGACUCGGGUGACAGAGGUACAGAGGCUGCAAGCCCAGCAGGCAGAUGCUGCCCUGGAGGAGUUUAAGCGGCAGGUGGAGCUGAACUCAGAAAAAGUCUACGCUGAAAUGAAACAGCAGAUGGAAAAGGUUGAAGCAGAUCUAAGCAGAUCAAAAUCACUCCGGGAAAAGCAAUCGAAAGAAUUCUCCUGGCAGUUGGAAGAGCUCAAGCAAAGAUACGAGCAACAGAUAGUGGAGCUGAAGCUGGAGCAUGAACAGGAGAAGACGCACCUAUUCCAGCAGCACAACGCAGAGAAGGACAGCCUGGUCCGAGACCAUGAACGGGAAAUGGAGAAACGGGAGCAGCAGCUUCGCGCUGCCAUGGCAGAGCACGAGAGCCAAACUCAAGAGUGCAGGAAACGAGACGCGCAGGUUAUCUGUGAUAUGGACAACCAAAUCCACCAGCUGAAGGAAGAGCUGAUUGAGGUAAACGCUCAGCGCACGCAGCAGCUGCUGGAGCUGAACCGUCAGCGGGAAGAGGAGAAGCAGAGGGCAGCUCGGGACCAUGAGGCAGCACUGAAGAAGCUGAAAGUGGAGGCAGAGAAAAUGGCAUUAGACCUGAAAAAAAUCCAUGCAGCAGAAACAGAGAGGGCCUUGGAGAAGGCAAGCAGCCGGCUGAAGCAGACGGAGAAGGAGUACAGCCAGAAGCUGGUGAAAUCCUCGCAGAUCAUAGCAGAACUUAAGACAACCAUUUCCUCUCUGACAGAGGAGAACAGCCGGCAGCAGCUUGCGGCAGAGCGGCAGCUCCAAGAAGUGGUACAAAAGUUUGAAGAGAUGAAGCAGCAGCUGAUUACAGAUAAUGACAGAGCACUCAAGGCUUUGCAAGAUGAAGUGGAAAGUUACCGCCUGCAGGUGCGGGUUGCAGAGAAGAAGCUGCAGUGCAGGGAGCUGGAGUUCCACGAUCAGAUAACCCUUAUACGACAUGAGUAUGAAACCACCCUCAAAGGGCUGAUGCCAGCGUCUCUGAGACAGGAGCUUGAAGACACCAUUGUAUCUUUAAAAUCUCAGGUAAAUAUUCUGGAGAAAAGACUCUCUCUCCAGGAAGAGCUGAAUGCCCACCAGGCCAGGAGGUAGCUGCCGGAGCCGCCGGGUCUCUUCGCUUGCCACACGGACUGCUUUGACUAGGUUUGAAGAUUUGGCUCUUGUCAAUUCCAAUGCACAGAUGAGUGGCUGUCUGGUUAGCACAUAGAAAUGGAGUGGAGCUCAUGAGAACACCUCCAUUGCUCGUGGCAGCAUGUUCUGAGUUGUAUCUCCCAUUCUCUUUUCACCACUCUCUUUCUGCAGACGUAACCCUUGCACUAUACUGUGUCUGUGCUUGCUUCCCGAGCCAGUCCAGUUUCCUCCACUAACACUUUUAUUACUUUCCCAUUCCAUCACUUUAUUGCUUUUUUUUUGGUUCUUUUACAUGAAGGAAAUCCAAUUUUCUAUUACUCUUGGCCAAAAAAGAAAGGGCUUUUUAACACAUUCUGACCCUGGUUUGUGUCCACAUGUUUACAUGAUAUUAAACUACAGUUGUUUUGUA